CGUUAAUUGUGUUUUAUAGGACGCGCGCGUGAAAUUUGUAUUUGUUUUUGUUUAUGCAUUUCGUUGCUGUCUUUUUUUUUUUGUUCUGAUUGAACUGAUACAGUUAAUUGGAAGAACGCCAUCAAGAUGGCGGAUCCAAGUGCAUUCAAACUGUUUCGAACUGUCGAUCCGUCCACAGUGAAUGUGCCGAUAAAGGAGAAAUUUGCCAAACUGACGCUAUCAUCGAACAAGCAAAAGCAAUUGGAAAAGGUGAAGGAGAAGGACAAGGAAAAAGCAGAGUCAAAGAGUAUAGAAAGGAAAUCUUAUGAGCAUCCGUUGCUGCGCAGCGACUCCUCAUCUUCAGUUGUUGUUGUAAUGGGAUUGGAGGAUAGCACGCCGAAGAGUUUGCACCUGGAUGAUGUCUCUGAUUAUAUGGAAGCAUUGCAACUAAGUGGCGAUGGUUGCACACAGCGAACUCUGGAUGCGGAUGUGGAGCAGCUAUCCACAGAAGUCUCCAACUUGACAAUGCAGCCAAAGGCAAAGCAGCAGCCGCAACAGGAGAUCUCAAUUUGCAUAACAACCACAACAGAGGACGAGGAUGAGAAUUCAUGCAUUACCAUAUCGGAUACAAGUGAUAGUGAGUGUGAUCCUGCCCAGGGCAGGAAUGAUGAGCGGCAGGAGCAGGUGGAGGUGGAGGAGAGCAUGGCAGUCAGUGAACAGCCAGCUGGAGAACUACUUGGCCUGCCAUUGACCACUGACAAGGCGGAACGCAUUGAGGCGUUCCUGCGUGACGUGUCCUUCGAGCGGCGUCGUGGAUUUGCCGACAUAUCGACGGAUCAGCUGCACCACUCGCGCUUGGCCAGCGCGGACACGGAGUCCAUGAGUCAGGACAUUGACUGCACCCAGUUGCCAAGCUCGCCCGCAUUCCACUCGACCAAGAGGCCGCUGGACAGCAGCAAGUUGCUGGCGGAUGAUGAAACCGUGGUGAAUACAGUUUGCUCCGAGGAACUGCUUGAAGCGGAUCAGGAACCGGAGCCGGAUAGCAGCAAGCGACUGGCGGCUAAUGACACCGAGGUGAACACCAUGUGCUCCGAGGAGCAGCUAGAGCAGAAGAGCAGCAAGCGACUGGCAGCCAAUGACACCGAAGUGAACACACCCGAAUCACUGGAUGAAUCACUGGCAGAGCUGUCUGGCCAACACUCCACACUGAACGAUGUGGAUCCAAAUGAAUCGAUUACCAUACCGGAGACCUGCAGCGAGGCAGAGCAAUCUCCAGCCAGACCCAGCUCGGCAACAUCAACAGGAACGGGAGAGACAGAGACAGAGGCGGUCACGCCUGCCAUUCAAGUGAGCAGCAUCAAUAUAUCGGCGAAGAUCAACAUUAAGAUACACAUACCCAACAUGGACUCGAGCUCGGCUGAAUCCGAUGCAGAUGCGGAUCCAGAUGCAGAUGCCAAUGAUAACUAUGUGGAGAGUGACAAACAAGAGCAACAGCGACAACAACAACAACAACAGGAGAAGGAGCGCUCCAUGUUAAAGGAAGAUGCAUCUGAGGAUGAGCAAUUUCUGACAAAUGCCGAACAGCUGCUGAAUCAACUAUACGGCAGAUCCUGGCAAACUCCGGAUGUUAUACGCACACUCAAACGCUCCAGCGGCAGCGGUGGCAAGGUGGCAGCUCCAGCUCCAACUCCAACUGUGGACCGUACACCACUCACGGAGAUUAGACGCCAGCCCAGAUCACGUCGUGGGGCAGCAACAACGGCCAAGAAGCGAAUUCCAAGGGACACGCCUAAUGAGAGUGGCCUGGGUGACUUUAGUCUUUUUAAGCGUGCGUUGCAUUCCACAAAGCUGAACUCGACGCAUUUGCCGACGGCGGCAAGAACUGAGAAAGCAGCUAGCAAACAACGUGUCCGCACCAACCAUGUGCACGAGGAUCGCUGGCGUGCUCUUGUCGACUCGGACAGCGGCGAAGAUGCCUCCGAUGACGAGGACGCGGAUGCAACAAACUCCGACUCUAGUGAGGAAAACCAUCAAGAUGAUGGCCAUGUCACUUAUUUGGAUCUAACCAAGCCCGAGGUGGAGGUGGUCAGCAGUCCCGAUGAUGCAACUGAAAAAAAAUCUCCCGGUUUUCCUAAGAAACUUGAUGACAUCCUGCGUACUUGUCGUGCCACAGUAAAGCCCAAAUUGUGCGCUACUCCUGUCACUCCAAUAACUACAAAUCCGACGCGUCGUCAGCUUUUUACGCCAAUUACUGGAUAUGAGGAUGAUAAGGAAGCCAAGAUGAUUGUGGAGCAGGCACUCGAUUUGGAUAGCUUGGAUCAACUGGAGAAUGUCUAUAUGCCGGGCACAAAUGUUCAUAAGCGUGUACAGGAAGUAAGAAAGCAAUUGGGCAUAGCAACUGAAUCGCCAAAGCCAAAGCCCAACUUCAAGAUGCCGACGCCAAAGGCAACACCAAUUGCCAAGUCCAUGGAACGCAACAAGAAGGUGGAAACACCAAAGCUUGAUAGGAAUCGGAAAUGCAGCUUUAUCAAGUCCCUGGAUAGCAAUAUAGGCCGUGAAUAUUGCGACAAUGAGGCAUACUUUUUUCGAGAGAACUUUAAUCGGAACAAGGAGGAUUUGGCAAAGCGUCUGUACAGCAUCUACAAUGCUGAGGUCUUUGAUAACAAACUGGAUGUGCCGAUCACCUGGUCGAAACUGCUCCGCAAUACAGCAGGCAGGUGUAAGAAUAAGCGCAGGCUCAAUGUGCGCAACAGCGUUGUGGAGCUGAGUGUGAAGGUUUUGACUAGUGCGGAUCGCUUGCGAUGCACGCUUAUCCAUGAGCUGUGCCAUGCCGCUGCCUGGAUAUUCAAUGGCGAGGGCGGACACGGACGCACCUGGAAGAUGUGGGCACAGAGGGCCAUGAAUGCACUUCCCGAUCUGCCGCCCAUCGAGCGGUGCCACAACUAUGCCAUCGAAUUCAAAUACACCUAUAGGUGUAAUACUUGUAACGUUGAAUCUCAUUCCCACACCCGAUCUCGUAAAGUGGAGGAUCUUCGUUGCCGUAGGUGCUCAGGACCCAUCACGCUGCAGUUAAACAAAAAGGACAAACAAGGGAAUGUUGUGGCUACGCCAGUGCGCGAGGCGACUGGAUUCGCCAAAUAUGUUAAAGAUAACUUUAAGAAGCACAAACGCGACAAUCUCACAGCCGCCCAGGUGAUGCGCAUCUUGAGUGUCGAGUACGCCAAGGAGAAGAACGCAGAUCAAAAUUCAAAUAAAGAAGCAGCUGAAUCCCAAACCGCGAUCGCCAAUCGAGUGGAAGCAUUAUUGGUAAUAGACUAAGAAGAUAAACAACAUGACAAUGACUGAACAUCUCGGCUGAAAAGCACAAUGUAAACAUGUUUUAAAGUUCAUAUAUACAAUGUAUAUUUUUUUAUUUACAUUUACAAUAGAUUUAAGUGUUUCUUAUUAAAUAAACGAAACAGUUUCAAAA